CGCGGUUCCCGGUGCGCGCACGCUGGGCCGACUGCCCGACCGUGGGCCCCUCCGCCAGUGCCGGAGUCUCGCGAGAGUUGUGAGUAAACAGCCCCGAAUGGAGAGUCGUAGCGUGUUCGCGGCGGAGGCUCCGUUAUCCCUGGCCUGCCGGCUCCGAGCCUGAGGCGGCCGAAGAUUGGCUCACAGAGCAAGUAAUCAGCUCCGUUGGACUUGGUUCUGUGGUCCAAAUGGAGUCUAGGACUCAGUUGUCUCGGCCCGAAUGAGAGAGGCCUCAUCUCCAAGAUGGAGAAGAAGCGGAGAAAGAAAUGAAAGCCUCUCUUCAGGCCAAGCCACAAAAGGCCAUGGGACUUCACUUUUAUUUACGUUGGACAAGACUGUAAGACAGCUGAUCAGUAAUGUUGCAGCUCUUAGCCAAAACAAAAAUUCACUCCUAACCAAGGAAGACAAAAGUGUGAUUUGAAUUUAUGUGAUUUUUAUGACCGUAUUCACCUAUGACCAUGAAGCUUGUCAACAUCUGGCUGCUUCUGCUAGUGGUUUUGCUCUGUGGGAAGAAACAUCUGGGUGACAGACUGGAAAAGAAAUCGUUUGAAAAGGCCCCAUGCCCUGGCUGUUCCCACCUGACUUUAAAGGUGGAAUUCUCCUCAACAGUUGUGGAAUAUGAAUAUAUUGUGGCUUUCAAUGGAUACUUCACGGCCAAAGCUAGAAAUUCAUUUAUUUCAAGUGCUCUGAAGAGCAGUGAAGUAGACAACUGGAGAAUUAUACCUCGGAACAAUCCAUCCAGUGACUACCCUAGUGACUUUGAAGUGAUUCAGAUAAAAGAGAAACAGAAAGCGGGGCUGCUAACACUUGAAGAUCAUCCAAACAUCAAACGGGUAACACCCCAGCGGAAAGUCUUUCGCUCCCUGAAGUUCGCGGAGUGUCCCUGAACCUUCAUGAGUGUAGCCUGAUAAAGGCUGGAAGAAAAAAGGGAGCAGUUUGUUUUAGAGAUGAAGUGCAAUAGCAUAGAUUGCUCUUAAAACUGACUUGAAAUAUGGUUUGCUCUUCAUUAUAACAUGGACUUUGAAAGCUGACACUCUCGUACCUUGCAAUGAAACCCAGUGGAGCCAGAAGUGGCAGUCAUCACGUCCCCUGAGAAGAGCCAGUCUGUCCCUGGGCUCUGGCUUCUGGCACGCCACAGGACGGCAUUCGAGUAGACGGCUGCUGAGAGCCAUUCCACGCCAGGUUGCCCAGACGCUGCAGGCAGACGUGCUGUGGCAGAUGGGAUACACAGGUGCUAAUGUCAGAGUUGCUGUUUUUGAUACUGGGCUGAGCGAGAAGCAUCCCCACUUCAAGAAUGUGAAGGAGAGAACCAACUGGACCAAUGAGCGAACCCUGGAUGAUGGGCUGGGCCAUGGCACAUUCGUGGCAGGUGUGAUUGCCAGUAUGAGGGAAUGCCAAGGGUUUGCUCCAGAUGCAGAACUUCAUAUUUUCAGGGUCUUCACCAACAAUCAGGUAUCUUACACAUCUUGGUUUUUGGACGCCUUCAACUAUGCCAUCUUAAAAAAGAUUGAUGUGCUAAACCUCAGCAUCGGAGGUCCCGACUUCAUGGAUCAUCCCUUUGUUGACAAGGUGUGGGAAUUAACAGCUAACAACGUAAUCAUGGUCUCUGCUAUUGGCAACGACGGGCCUCUUUAUGGCACUCUGAAUAACCCCGCUGAUCAGAUGGAUGUGAUUGGAGUGGGUGGCAUUGACUUUGAAGAUAACAUCGCCCGCUUUUCCUCCAGGGGAAUGACCACCUGGGAGCUACCAGGAGGCUACGGUCGUGUGAAACCUGAUGUUGUCACCUAUGGUGCUGGAGUGCGGGGUUCCGGUGUGAAAGGGGGUUGCCGAGCCCUCUCAGGGACCAGUGUCGCCUCUCCGGUGGUCGCAGGGGCCGUCACCUUGUUGGUGAGCACAGUCCAGAAGCGUGAGCUGGUGAACCCUGCUAGCAUGAAGCAGGCCCUGAUUGCAUCCGCCCGGAGGCUGCCUGGUGUCAACAUGUUUGAGCAAGGCCAUGGCAAGCUGGAUCUGCUCAGAGCCUACCAGAUCCUCAGCAGCUACAAGCCCCAGGCCAGUCUGAGCCCCAGCUACAUCGAUCUGACCGAAUGUCCCUACAUGUGGCCCUAUUGCUCCCAGCCCAUCUACUAUGGAGGAAUGCCAACAAUUGUCAAUGUCACCAUUCUCAAUGGCAUGGGGGUCACAGGAAGAAUUGUGGAUAAGCCUGACUGGCAGCCUUACCUGCCACAGAAUGGAGACAGCAUUGAAGUCGCUUUCUCUUACUCCUCGGUGUUAUGGCCUUGGUCAGGCUACUUGGCCAUCUCCAUUUCUGUGACCAAGAAGGCAGCUUCCUGGGAGGGCAUUGCCCAGGGCCAUGUCAUGAUCACGGUGGCUUCCCCAGCGGAGACGGAAUCAAAAAUUGGUGCAGAACAGACAUCAACGGUGAAGCUCCCAGUUAAGGUGAAAAUAAUUCCUACCCCACCCCGGAGUAAGAGGGUCCUCUGGGAUCAGUACCACAACCUCCGAUACCCCCCUGGCUACUUCCCCAGGGACAACUUGAGGAUGAAGAAUGACCCUCUGGACUGGAACGGUGACCAUAUCCACACGAACUUCAGGGAUAUGUACCAGCAUCUGAGAAGCAUGGGCUACUUUGUGGAGGUCCUCGGCUCUCCCUUCACGUGCUUCGAUGCCACGCAGUAUGGAACUUUGCUAAUGGUGGACAGUGAGGAGGAGUACUUCCCUGAGGAGAUCGCCAAGUUGAGGAGGGACGUGGACAAUGGCCUUUCGCUUGUCAUCUUCAGUGACUGGUACAACACUUCUGUUAUGAGAAAAGUGAAGUUUUAUGAUGAAAACACGAGGCAGUGGUGGAUGCCGGAUACUGGAGGAGCCAACAUCCCAGCUCUGAACGAGCUGCUGUCUGUGUGGAACAUGGGGUUCAGUGAUGGCCUGUAUGAAGGGGAGUUUACCUUGGCCAACCAUGACAUGUACUAUGCUUCAGGGUGCAGCAUUGCUAAAUUUCCAGAAGAUGGCAUAGUGAUAACACAGACUUUUAAGGACCAAGGCUUGGAGGUUUUAAAGCAGGAGACAGCGGUCGUUGAAAAUAUCCCCAUUUUAGGACUUUAUCAGACUCCAGCUGAGGGUGGAGGCCGGAUUGUGUUGUAUGGAGACUCCAAUUGCUUGGAUGACAGUCACCGACAGAAAGACUGCUUUUGGCUUCUGGACGCGCUCCUUCAGUACACAUCAUACGGGGUCACCCCGCCCAGCCUCAGCCACUCGGGGAACCGGCAGCGCCCUCCCAGCGGAGUGGGCUCGGCUGCUCCCGAGAGGAUGGAAGGAAACCAUCUUCAUCGGUACUCCAAGGUCCUUGAGGCCCAUUUGGGAGACCCGAAGCCUCGACCUCUGCCGGCCUGUCCACACCUGUCAUGGGCCAAACCACAGCCUUUGAAUGAGACAGCGCCCAGUAAUCUUUGGAAACAUCAAAAGUUGCUCUCCAUCGACUUGGACAAAGUGGUGUUACCCAACUUUCGAUCGAAUCGCCCUCAAGUGAGACCCUUGUCCCCUGGAGAAAGUAGUGCCUGGGACAUUCCUGGAGGGAUCAUGCCUGGCCGCUACAACCAGGAGGUGGGCCAGACCAUCCCUGUCUUCGCCUUCCUGGGAGCCAUGGUGGUCCUGGCCUUCUUUGUGGUGCAAAUGAACAAGGCCAAGAGCAGGCCAAAGCGGAGGAAGCCCAGGGUGAAACGCCCGCAGCUCAUGCAGCAGGUUCACCCUCCCAGGACCCCAUCCGUGUGACACCCGCCCUGGCCGUGUGAGCCAGAGUGCCUUCCAGGAUGGCUCUGGUGGACAGGCAGACCCUUCGAGGGUUUCCUGGGAUGGCCUGGUCUUCAUCUGUGGCUCCAGCCAUUGGUCUGCACGAGCCUCCCCUGUGAUGCACCCAGGCCUGCAGUACGUCUUGAAAUACGCCAUGGCCAGGGACCCACCUGGGGGAAUCCGCUCAGCCUGGAGCAGCGUCGCACGCAGCAGCUCAGUGCACCAAAGACACGGAGGACUAGAAGGCUGUUGGCCUCGGCCCUGCAGGGGAGGGUAAGCUUUUUAAAUAAAUGAAACAACCUUGACCAAGUUAAGAUACGCUUGUUAAAGGCUAUUUUCUAUAUUUAUUGUUGGGAAAAGUCACUUUAAAGACUUGUGCUGUUUGGAAGCAAAACUAUUUUUUUUGUCAAUGGAAUGCCGUUUUGUACUAUUCCAACAUGCAGAGUCACAGAUCCAUCCGUCAUCUCCUUUGUGAUGAGAGGGCAGACAGAUCUGAAGAAACAGACCUUCGCUUUAUUUUUAUAAGUAUCAACUGCCACCAUGUUUUGUAAUUUGGGGUCUUGGUUUCACCGUUGUUGGUGAAGAAAAUUUUUAAUAAAUAUGCGUUACCUGUAUGAAGCUGGGAA